GUGUCACGUCGCAGGUGAGCGCAGCGCGUGUACAGCGCAAGUAAACAUGGCGGCCGUUAGCCACCAGUGUACACACAGCUCGAGCAGUUUGCUGUGUUUUAUAUCAUUUCUGUUAAUCGGUUCAUCAUUAGAUGGUGUGGACUGCUCUCCUGAGACGGGUGUGUGGACUGAGACAGUGCUAAAUACCUCAAGACCUUUAUUUUUAAGAAAGUCCAUGUACAAGGACACAGACAUUGCAUUGAAAGUGACAUCUUUUGGUUGUCCUGAGAAAUUGACUUUUAACAUACAGUGGUAUUUGAAGUAUUACCCAUGUCACAAUCAAUACAACAAUGCAGAGGAACUGUAUGAAAAGACGCCUCAAAUUCGAGGUGCGAGUUUGGACCCGAUACCUUUGGCACAGGGAGAAUAUAUUCAGCACAUGUACAAAGCAAUAUCCUGCAACAGCAACAUGAACAUCUUUCCUAUGCUCAAUAAAUCCAAAGCAGUGCCUAAAGACUUAAGACCACCUGCAAUGGAUGGCGAGUUACAGGCAGAGAGUUUUACAAGUUCACCUGAUGCUGGCACCUAUAAAGCAAAGGAUAAUGUGAUUGCUACAACCUGGAGAGACGGGCCCUACCUGCUUGUGGUCGCGGUUCAACAAAGCAAACAGGAUGUCAACUGGAAUUUAACCUUCAGCGUUGUGAUGAAGGGAACUCAUGGUUAUCUCUCGGUCACUGACUGGCCUCUCAUGAUUUUUUAUAUGGUUAUGUGUGUGGUGUACAUACUGUAUGCUCUGCUGUGGUUCGUCUGGUCUUCCUGUUACUGGAAAGAUCUCCUGAGGAUCCAGUUCUGGAUUGCAUGCGUCAUCUUUUUAGGCAUGAUAGAGAAGGCCGUCUUCUGUGCCGAAUAUCAGAACACUAACAGCGUGGGCUCAGCAUCUCAGGGUCUGCUGAUCUUUGCUGAGCUCGUCUCUGCUUUGAAGAGGACACUCGCCCGUCUGCUGGUCAUCAUUGUCAGUCUGGGCUAUGGAAUUGUCAAGCCCCGUUUGGGUAUGGUCAUGCACAGAGUGGUGGGACUGGGCGUGCUGUACUUCGGCUUUGCCGCCAUAGAGGGCGUUUUGAGGAUCACGGGGGCUAAAGACUCUGAUUUGGCUUUGCUGGCCAACAUUCCUCUGGCUCUGCUUGAUUCCUCUCUUUGUUGGUGGAUAUUUGUCAGCCUGGCACAAACCAUUAAAACUCUAAAACUCAGAAGAAAUCCAGUGAAAUUGUCUCUGUACAGACACUUCACCAACACGCUCAUCUUUGCCGUUCUCGCAUCCAUCAUUUUUAUGGUCUGGACCACAAAGAAGUUUCAGUUAGCAGACUGCCAGUCGGACUGGAUGGAGUUAUGGGUGGAUGAUGCCUUCUGGAGGUUCCUCUUCUCCAUCAUUCUGCUGGUCAUCAUGUUUCUGUGGAGGCCGUCUGCCAACAACCAAAGGUAUGCAUUCACACCUCUCAUCGAUGACUCUGAUGACGAGGAGAUUGAAGAGUUCCUGGUGCCUGCAAAUCUAGCUGAUGGGAUCAAAUUAAGAGCAGCUAAGACAGAAACCAAUGGAACAGCAAAGCCAGCAACACCUAAUCCGGAUGAAGACUUGAAGUGGGUGGAGGAAAAUAUUCCCACCUCUCUGACUGAUGUAGCUCUUCCUGUUCUUCUGGACUCAGAUGAGGAGAUCAUGACUACAAAGUAUGAAAUGUCUAAAAUGGAGUGAGUUUGAGCAAGACUCCAGAGAUGAACCAAACCACAGUUCCCGUAACUGGCAUCAGACCCACAUCAGAGAGCGUGCAUCAGACUCACGGACUGUUUUCUUCCUUUAGUCGGGAUGCUUGGUGGGUUUGUGGUGUUACAGGAAUGAAUAAGACUGAAAGAGACGAUAUAUUCCAGGUAAUCUCACUGAACUGAACUUCAUGUGAGGUGUUACCUCUUAUUUUUUUUCUAAACUUUAAAAAACGUCCAGCAGACAGAGUCGUAUAAAGAGACAUUUCUUUCUAAACUUCGCUGAUAGCAAACUUUUUCAAAUUGUGAGUGAUGAAAUAAACGCAGUGAUAUUUUAUAUAGAUGAGUUUAAACCGUAUAAGCACAUGUUUGUUUUCAUUUUAUUUGUUUGUAAAUGGUCACAAAGUAAAUACUGAUAAGGAACUUGAAUAACUAAAGUGUCUUUCCUUCAGUUGGAUUCCUGUUUUUGCUGUAUAUAAUGUGAUAUUUAUCUGUUUCAUAAUGGUCCAUCAUCAUUAAGUCUAUAAUUUAAUGUGAAUAGUAGAAUGCUUCUAUGUGUGUUGGAUUUAUGUUUGCUUGUGCGUUUGUUCACAAAUUCUAUAAAAUGGUCAUUUUGUUAUUUUAUUAAUUCAUUUUUAGGUAUGUUUUUGACAGAGCCCAGAUUAAGGUACAACAUUGAGAUGCAUGCGUUCUCUUAAGAGGACUAAUCUUCUAACUAUAUAAUAAAGGCAGAUGUACCUGUAUUACUCUUAAUCUUAACUGUAUUUUUUAUUUUAAGGAAAAGCAACAAUUUUUAUGUGUGCGAAUCUGACAAAAAGAAGUCGCGUUCUCCUCAAUUUAAAAGUAUAAAAUGGUAUAUUGUACUUGAAAUUAAUCCCAUCCCCCAGUACAGUGCUUCCCAAUCCUGGUCCUUAAUUACCCCAUCCCAGUAAAUUUUAGAUUAUUGUCGGAUUUAACUCAUCGGCUUGUUAGGGAGACAUGUUAAUUUUUUUUUUUUAAUAAGGAGACCUCUAAAUCUUUUUUGGAGCAAGUACUUGAGGACCAGGAUUGGGAGGAUGUUUCAAAACAGUACAUGAAUUGCUUUAUGUUAAGUAUAAGUUUAUUUUAUUUUUAAUAAUAAUUAGUUGGAAUAUGAUUUUAAAUUCACCCAGAUACACACUGAAGCCUUAAAAACUUUUGUGUGGCUGUAUCACAGUCUGUGCUUUGGUUUAUUUGCCUUUUCUGUCCUGAUCUUUAAUAUGUACUUUAAUCUGUGUUCUGUACCGUAAGCCGUGGUAAACGGGAUUUGUUAAAAUGUUGAAGAAUUUUUUUUAUAUAUCAAUCUGAACAUACUGUCAGAACUCUUUAUAAUCUGUUGUAUAAACUGCACUUUAGGUAAAUAUGAUUUUCUUUGGCCAUGGGAUGUAAUGAUGAGCUUAAUUUGACUCUAUGAUUCUGGCCUUCGCAGUCAUUUCCUAUUUAAUUUCAGUGUUUUUUUUUUUUUUUUUGCUUAUGAUCACAUGAUGUCUUUGAAUGUAAAGUCUCUCUGUUGGGUCACAGAUCACCUGCUGGAAUCCCACAUAGCUCAGGUUCUGUCUGUUAUUGGUUAUUCGUGCAUGUUCAUCCAUGUUUCAUACCUGUUAAAUAAAUGUGCGUUGCAAUAAAGAUUCUUAAUUACAGUUGAA